GGGGAUCAAACCCAUGCCCCCUGCAGUAGAAGCGCAGAGUCCUAACCACUGGACCACUUAGGAUUUCCUGAACUCCUAAUUGGAGAAGUUUCCUUCACUGUCCUCAAGUCAAGUCGAAGAAAAAAGGACUAAGUGCAGAGGAAAAGAGAGCCCGCAUGAUGGAAAUAUUUUUUGAGACGAAAGAUGUGUUUCAAUUAAAAGACAUGGAGAAGAUUGCUCCCAAAGAAAAAGGCAUCACUGCUAUGUCAGUAAAAGAAGUCCUUCAAAGCUUGGUUGAUGAUGGCAUGGUUGACUGUGAGAGAAUUGGGACAUCUAAUUAUUAUUGGGCUUUUCCAAGUAAAGCUCUUCACACCAGGAAACGUAAGUUGGAGGUUCUGGAAUCUCAGUUAUCUGAAGGAAACCAAAAGCAUGCAAACCUACAGAAAAGCGUCGAGAAAGCUAAAAUUGGCCGACACGAAACAGAAGAGCGAACUCUGCUAGCAAAAGAGCUUUCUUUACUUCGAGGCCAAAGGGAACAGCUAAAGGCUGAAGUAGAAAAAUAUAAAGAAUGUGACCCACAAGUUGUGGAGGAAAUACGUCAAGCAAAUAAAGUGGCCAAGGAAGCCGCUAACAGAUGGACUGUCUUCAGAGAGGAGCAGAGAAGCCCAUCCCCCCUCCUCACCCCUUCUCCCUGGCCUGAUUAUCUGGAAGCCAUUUCUCUCUGUGGGGGAGGGAAAGGGGUUCCCUUUGGGAACAGGAGCAACUCCAUUUCCUGAGGUAACAGAACCCUGCCUCUGCUGUGGAAAUGUGGAAGAGGCACCAUUAACCUCUCCCUGGCUUUGGAUUAUUCUUUAAGUCAGGUAUGCUUUAGUGGCAACUAAUUUACUGAAUUUUUUAAUAUAAAAUCUGUGUAUUCAAAAUAAUCAGUAAAUAUUUUAUUUAUCCUGAAGUUAAUUGCCAUUACUCUUGAAAAUACAGGGAACUUAUUUUCAUUCUAAAAGUAAUAGAAGUAAAAAAAAAAACAAUGAAUAUUAAUUAUAUUUAAAAUGUUUUGUGAUUGUGUUUUCAAUUCUCAAAAAUAUUUCUCAA